UCGUACACGAAGAGGCUAACAUGAUCCCACCUUGUAGUUUUGCCAUUCUUUUGUUAAGUAUUCAUUUGGGAUGUGUGUCUGCCUGGGCGCCCAAGCUCUUAAAUCCCGGGGAGUUCCUUGACUAUUACACCAACGCCGCAGCUCUCAGCUACUUCGUGAACAUCAAGCAAUGUACCAAAGACAUCUACAGCAACAUUACAAUGUAUUCGUAUGGGGACGUCAUCACCAAUGGCUACGUGAUCAGUUACCCCACGGGGAAGUUCAUCCUGACGUACAGCUCAGACAGAGAGGUAGAUGGGAGGCACCUGAACCUAUCUGGUCCUGCUAUCAGAUCAACAGGCAUUGCUCUUGGAGACUCAAGAGAUGUGAUUGUUGAUAUGAACGACCUCAACCCCGCUACCUGA